UCACAAACGGGUCUGUCCGAGGCUCAGUUAUGCCACCGGGUUGCAAAUCGCAAUAUCCUAUCCGGUGCAAGAUAGUGAACAUAGCACCAGUAUGUUAACUUGCGCACUUCCAAAUUUCCACUGAACAAAACCCAAUUCUCGAAACACCCCAUUUGGGCAUGGCUUCUCCUUCUCCGGUCUCUGCUGUGUGCGUCCAAGGCUCCCCUGAUGCUCUUAAAGGUUCUACUGAUUAACUGUUAUCUGAAACUACUUUUAUCGUUUUGUUUUCGCGGGAAGGACUUCAAUGCGGUUUCGUUUCCAUAUCUAGGGUUUUAGUUUCGUGUUGCUGCCUCCUUGUUCAAUCCUGCGUUUAUGACUCACCUAGAUUUUUAACUGUAUUUGGUUAUGAUUCUGUAUCCUGUUCGGCUAUGAAGAAUGUGGAAAUAGCCCAAUGGCUCAAGGGGCUACCACUGGCGCCCGAAUUUCGCCCCACAGAUACUGAAUUUUCUGAUCCUAUUGCCUACAUUUCUAAAAUCGAGAAAGAAGCUAGCUCUUUCGGUAUAUGUAAAGUGAUUCCUCCGUUCUCUAAGCCUUCUAAGAAAUAUGUGCUCCAUAAUUUGAAUAAGUCGCUCACAAAGUGUCCAGAGUUGGGUUUAGAUGUAAAGGCUUGUUCUGAUAAAGGGAAUGGACAAUUUGGGGAGUCUAGGGCAGUGUUUACUACCAGAUGUCAGGAAUUGGGCCAGAGUGAGAAGAAGAAGAAGAUGAAUAUGAAGGGGAUGUCAGGGAGUCUGUCAUUUGGAGCUCAGAAGAAGGUUUGGCAAAGUGGAGAAGUUUAUACACUGGAAAAGUUUGAAGCAAAAUCAAAGUCUUUUGCUAGGAAACAAUUAGGCACAGUUAAAGACGUUUCACCAUUAGUUGUUGAGACAAUGUUUUGGAAGGCAGUUUCUCAGAAGUCAGUUUAUGUGGAGUAUGCUAAUGACGUGCCAGGUUCAGGUUUUGGCGAGCCUGAAGGAAUUUCCAAUAUUUACAGGAAAAAGAGGAGGAGGAGGAAGAGGGAAGUGUUUGAUCGAAGCCACACAAAAACUUGCGAUAACAAGAAAGGUCUUCUUGAUAGUACUAGUAUCGAUAAACAGUCAUUUUGUGUUAGUCCUGAUAUAUGUAAAGUCUCAUCGUCUGAUUACUCCGCAUCUUCCCAACCUAAUGGUUUGCGUGAUAGUAAUGAUGUGGAGGGCAGUGCUGGAUGGAAACUAUCAAACAGUCCAUGGAAUUUACAAGUCAUAGCUAGGUCACCUGGAUCACUAACCCGCUACAUGCCGGAUGAUAUUCCCGGUGUUACGUCUCCUAUGGUCUACAUUGGUAUGUUGUUCAGCUGGUUUGCAUGGCAUGUUGAAGAUCAUGAGCUUCACAGCUUGAAUUUCCUUCACACGGGAUCCCCAAAAACUUGGUAUGCAGUGCCGGGUGACUAUGCAUCAAAGUUUGAAGAAGUUGUGCGAGUUCAGGCUUAUGGAGACAGUACUGAUCCAUUAGGCCGCAACACGACAUGUUUUCAUCAGUUUGCUUGGUAAUCUGCAGCUGCUCUUACUCUAUUGGGUGAGAAGACUACUCUUCUAUCACCUGAAGUAAUUGUUUCAUCAGGCAUACCCUGUUGCAGGUUAGUGCAGUACCCUGGCGAGUUUGUGGUCACUUUUCCAAGAGCAUACCAUGUAGGGUUCAGUCAUGGUUUCAAUUGUGGAGAGGCUGCUAACUUUGGAACUCCUCAGUGGCUCACAGUAGCUAAAGAUGCUGCAGUUCGUCGAGCAGCCAUGAAUUAUCUUCCCAUGCUUUCUCAUCAGCAGUUGCUAUACCUGUUGACCAUGUCUUUUGUUUCAAGAGUGCCAAAGUCAUUGCUACCUGGGAUGCGAAGCUCUCGCUUGAAAGAUCGUCAGAAGGAAGAAAGAGAGACUUUGGUGAAGAAAGCAUUUGUGGGAGAUGUCCUAAAGGAGAAUGAGUUAGUAACCAUUUUACUACAGAAAAAUUCCUCUUACCAAGCAGUGUUGUGGGAUGUGGAUAUGUUGCCAUCUGCAAGUGAACGAUUUGAGUCGCAAAAGUGUGUCGGUACUGAUUUAACAAAGAAGUGUAGUGAUCAAAAUGAUAACAAGUACAACAGCCAGGAUAUUUUAAACAAAAUGAACUCAUAUUUGGAAAAUUCGAGUGAUUUAUGUGCGGAAGAUGAGGAUUUAUCAAAUGAAUUUCAAAUUGAUACUGGAGCGUUGCCUUGUAUAGCUUGUGGGAUACUGGGUUUUCCUUUUAUGGCUGUUGUACAACCAUCAGAGAAAUCAAUAAAGAACUUCUACUCAGAGGAUUUUCAUACAAUACAAUGCAUGGGAGAGCUGAAAUCUUUUGAACGGCGUUCCCAUUCGCAACGGGAUAGCAUAGUAUUUGGCGAUGUUGCAGACAGGUCAAUGCCACCUGAAAGGCUUCUCCUUCACCCUAAACGAGUGUCUUGUGCUGAAUCAGGAGAACCUACUGCAUCUCAAAUGAAGGGUCAACUCCCAUUAGCUGGCCCUUUAUCUGCAAGUAAUCCAUCUGUCGACCUUGAAGACAAAUGGGAUACAUAUAAUACAUUUUUAAGGCCACAAAUACUUUGCAUUGAACACGCGAUUCAAACUGAAGAGUUGUUGCAUAGAAGGGGCGGGGCAAAAAUUCUUGUUAUGUGCCAUUCAGACUUUCAGAAAAUAAGGGCUUAUGCUACAUUUAUCGCAGAGGAAACAGACACCACAUUUGUCUAUAACGAGAUUGUCUUAGAUAAUGCAUCUAAGGAACAUCUUCAGUUGAUAGAUCUUGCAAUUGAAGAUGGAAACCGUGAAUGUGCUGAAGACUGGACAUCAACACUACAUAUCAAUUUACUGCAUUCUAUGAAGAAGUUGAGUAAAAACAACAGUGAAACAGCUAAGAAGUUAGAGUAUGCGCUGAUUUUGAGUAGGCUAUUCCCCGACACAACAACCUCCAGUACGAAGUGUUUGGGUUACAAAUGGGAAUCCAGAAAAGUACGCUCUAAGAGAAGAUCAAAUUCCAAACCAGCAAAUAAAAUAUGUGUGCCUUCAAAAUUUGAGGAGAAAUGUUUGGAAUCAAAAUUAGACAAUACUCGAGCAUCCAGAGAAGAAACAAUAGCUGUCCAGUAUACUAGGAAAAGAUACAAGUUAAAACCACGCGCUUCUGUAGAAAGUGAUAUUUUCAUUCCUCAUGAGAUCUCCAAUGCUAAUGAAAAACUGGAGAAUCUCAUUCCUCAGAUGCUGGCAAUGGAGGACCAAAGCAGAAAUUCACACAGAAAUGAUUCACCCGAUGUUACCAGUUAUGUGAAAAGCCCAUGUGAAGGACUAAGGCCAAGGGCAGCCAAGAAAGAGACAUCAGCGUGUGCAAGUGAUAAUAAUACUAAGAAUUAUUUCCAGGAUCAAAGGAAUGGAGGACCCUCACACAGGUGUUACAUUGAAGGGUGCAAAAUGAGUUUCAAGACAAAGAGAGAGCUGUCCCUUCACAAACGUAAUCGGUGUCCAGUCAAUGGUUGCGGGAAGAAGUUUAACUGUCACAGAUAUGCCGUACGUCAUCAACGUGUCCAUGAAGAAGAUAGGCCCCUGAAAUGUUCAUGGAAAGGUUGCAGCAUGUCUUUUAAGUGGAGUUGGGCAAGGACUGAACAUUUGCGUGUUCACACUGGGGAACGACCUUACAAAUGCAAGUUUGAAGGAUGUGGCCUCUCUUUCAGGUUUGUGUCAGAUUUUAGCAGGCAUAGGCGUAAAAUGGGACAUCAUAGCAGCUAAUUAAUCCACUACGUCAAAAGAAUGGUUUUGUCUCAAUAGGUUGGUUUGGUAUAAGUUCGCUACCCUCCAUUUCCAAAGAAAGGGUGGGUCGCCUUAUUGUGAAACCUCUGUAGGUUUUGAUAUGUACCAGACUGAUUAUAGUUUGAUUUCUUUAGGAUGGUUCAUCUUUGUAAGAAGAUUGAUCGUAUUCCUACUUGGGUACUAUUGUCUUCUGUUGUGACGUGAAAAAAUAAUAGCUCAGUGUAAGUAGAUGAUGUAAUAUUAGCAGAUCAGUUUGUCCAUUUUUAGUGUGUUUAAAAGAGUAGAUCAGUUAUCAGUAGAUGGGCAACUGAGCAAGAUAGCCAUUUUUUUACAAUAAUAAGGCAUUAAACAAGAAUAAUACACAGCCGGUU